AUGCAAUUGGGUCAAUGGAUAAUAAGAUUAAUGCAUGUUUUAAUUAAUACAACAAAUUAUGAAUAUGGCCAAGUUAAAGAUAAAAUGGAUACAGCAUUUACUCAUCGUCAACGUUUUAUUCAAGAAAUGAAACCAACCACAGAAAUUGUCGAAUUAUAUCCGAGUUUGUCAGUGUUUUAUUCACAGCUGGUGCGUGGAAUAAAUCUUCAUUCUGACUCAUUUAAUGCACAUAUUGUUUUAGCAUUAAAAUUAAAUUGUAUAAAAUUGAUUAAGUAUUUAGAUCAACAACGAAAACAAAAAAAAAAUAUUGAUGAAGGUAAUACAUUUUAUUAA